UAAACCCCUUCUCUAUUCGCUACACAUUUGCCUGCUAAUAUCUUGCUAGGCUAAAACCCCUAACCCAUAGCCAUAAGACCAAUCACUGCGCACCCUCCUCUUCCUCAGCCAUGGCUUCCUUGUCCAUAGACAUAGCCACGACCUUUAUGGGACUGGCCAAGCGUCAAACUCCACCGCUUUAUGGUCUUCGCACUACAGUGUUCCCAAAUUUGUGGAAAACCAGCUCAUCUCAGAGAGCCAGUUUAUUGUCCACUUCAUCUUCAAGAAUUCUUUUUGCAAUCAAUAAUCCUACGAAGCGAAACAGAUUAUCUCGCAGAUUUACUGUAUCUGCCACUUCUACUUCCACUCCACAAAGCGAGGACUCUGAUAUUUUGACCAAGAUACCUCCAGAUAAUCGGAUUCCGGCCACUAUUAUCACUGGUUUCUUAGGUUCUGGAAAAACUACCUUAUUAAAUCACAUAUUGACUGCGGAUCAUGGGAAGCGUAUUGCUGUUAUCGAGAAUGAGUAUGGUGAAGUGGAUAUUGAUGGGUCUUUGGUUGCUGCAAAAGCUGCUGGGGCUGAGGAAAUUAUGAUGCUUAACAAUGGGUGUCUCUGUUGCACUGUGAGGGGUGAUCUAGUUAGAAUGAUUGCUGAGUUGGUUAGUAGAAAGAAAGGGAAAUUUGACCAUAUUGUCAUAGAGACUACAGGUUUGGCAAAUCCUGCACCAAUUAUUCAAACUUUCUAUACAGAGGAUCAGGUUUUCAACGAUGUUAAGUUGGAUGGUGUUGUUACAUUGGUUGACUCUAAGCAUGCUGGUUUGCACUUGGAUGAGAUUAAACCAAAAGGUGUGGUCAAUGAAGCAGUCGAGCAAAUUGCUUAUGCUGACCGUAUUAUUGUAAACAAGACUGAUCUUGUUGGUGAGUCUGAAGUUUCUUCCUUGAUUCAGCGAAUAAGGAACAUAAAUAGCAUGGCCAAUCUGAAGAGGACACAGUUUGGAAAAGUCGAUUUGGAUUAUGUUCUAGGGAUUGGAGGCUUUGAUUUGGAAAGAAUUGAGAGUUCGGUAGGCGCUGAAGGUUCCAAGGAAGACCAUAGCAGCCACGCCCAUGAUCACGAUCAUCAUGAUCACCACCACCACCACCAUGACCAUGAACAUGAUCACAAGCAUGAACAUCAUGAUCAUCACCAUUCUCACGAUCACACGCAUGACCCUGGUGUUUCUUCUGUCAGCAUAGUUUGUGAAGGGAGCUUGGAUCUUGAGAAGGCUAAUAUGUGGCUGGGAACGUUGCUGAUAGAACGAAGCGAUGACAUCUAUCGGAUGAAAGGUCUUUUAUCCGUUCAGGGAAUGGAUGAGAGAUUUGUGUUUCAGGGAGUCCAUGACAUAUUCCAAGGUUCUCCAGAUCGGCCAUGGCGGUCAGAUGAAGCAAGAACAAACAAGAUAGUAUUCAUAGGGAAGAACUUAGACGCAAAGGAAUUAGAGGAGGGCUUCAAAGGCUGUCUAAUAUAAAUCUGAGAUUCUGGUUGCUAUUUUGUGAAAGGUUGAUGACCUACUACUGUUACUUGGUCAGGGGAGAGGGAAAUGUCGCACAAUUGACUUGUUAGGGAACAUACAGAAGACUUUUUGGUCUAAUUGGAAAUAUAGUACUAUUAUUCUAAUAUCCCAUUUCAUCUUUGCAGUUU